GCCGCCGCGGGGCCGACAUGACCGCGGCUCCCCAGGAACUCCCGGCCGGGGCCCCCCAGGCGGCCCGAGGGAGUGGCCACCGCGGCCCCGGGCGCACCAUGCGCGGCUCCACGCUGUUGGCGCUGCUGGCGCUGGUGCUGCUGUACCUGGUGGCCGGCGCCCUGGUGUUCCAGACCCUGGAGCAGCCCCACGAGCAGCAGGCCCAGAAGGAGCUGGGGGAAGCCCGAGAGAAGUUCCUGCGGGCCCAUCCUAGCGUGAGCGAGCAGGACCUGGGGCAAUUCAUCAAGGAGGUGGCAGAUGCCCUGGGAGGGGGUGCAGACCCCGGAACCAACUCCACCAAUCACAGCAACUACUCGGCCUGGAACUUGGGCAGCGCCUUCUUUUUCUCAGGCACCAUCAUCACCACCAUUGGCUAUGGGAACGCUGCCCUGCGCACGGACGCGGGCCGCGUCUUCUGCAUCUGUUAUGCGCUGGUGGGGAUUCCUCUCUUUGGGAUCCUGCUGGCAGGAGUCGGGGACCGGCUGGGCUCCUCCCUGCGCCGCGGCAUCGGCCACAUCGAGGCCAUCUUCCUGAAGUGGCACGUCCCCCCGGGGCUGGUCCGGGUCCUCUCGGCGCUGCUGUUCCUGCUGGUCGGCUGUCUGCUGUUCGUCCUGGCGCCCACCUUUGUCUUCUGUUCCAUGGAGGGCUGGACCGAGCUGGAGGCCCUCUACUUCGUCAUCGUGACGCUCACCACGGUCGGCUUCGGGGACUACGUGGCCGCAAGUGUUUAUAUGUGCCAGCCUCUUGUUUCUGGUGUUGCAGGUGCCAGCCCCAACCAGAAGUACUCCUUCUACCAGCCACUCGUGUGGUUCUGGAUCCUUCUUGGCCUCGCCUACUUUGCCUCGGUGCUCACCACCAUCGGGAACUGGCUGCGAGUUGUCUCCCGCCGCACACGGGCAGAGGUGGGCGGCCUCACGGCGCAGGCGGCCAGCUGGACGGGCACCGUGACGGCGCGAGUGACGCACCGCGGGGGACCCGGGGCCUCGGCGCCGCCGCUCGAGAAGGCGCCCCCGCGGCCGCCCUCCCCGCCGCGAGCCGCGGAGCCCCCCGAGAAGGCCGCGCCCCCGUCCCCGCCCACGCCCACGCCGUCGGCGCUCGACUACCCCGGCGAGAACCUGGCGUUCAUCGACGAGUCCUCGGACACGCAGAGCGAGCGCAACUGCGCGCUGCCCCGCGCGCCCCGGGGUCGCCGCCGGCCCCCCAGCGGCCCCCGCAAGCCCGCCAGGCCGCGGGGCAAAGGCGCGGCCGUGUGACGGGACCCCCGGGACCCCCGCCCGCCCGGGUCUCCCCCAGGGAUGCUGUCCGAGUGCUUUCUCCCCGGCAUGCUCUGCUUGUGUGACCAAAGAACCCUCUUCUCGACCCGACGGGCGCCGGCGA